GCGAGGAGACGACACAGGCGCAAGCCGUCUCACCACCCUCGGCACUGUUGUUUGCCGGGCCCGUCCGCACCCCCACUCACCUGAUGCUAUUUAUCCGCAUAGGAAUUCAUUUCUGAAAACUGCCGCCAUGCUUCUCCACUUCUCAAGGGAUGUCUUAAAAACGGCAUGCCUCAAUCUUCAAGGUUCCCAAGUACACCGGCAUUUGAGAAUCUUAAGAAAGCCUUUGAGCACGGGCACAACUCCUCGAAGCCGAAGGAGAGUGGUUGUCACAGGCAUUGGGUUGGUGUCGCCCCUGGGCGUCGGAACGCAACUCGUGUGGAACAACCUUCUCCAGGGAAACUGUGGGGUCGUUGCUCUUGAAGGGGAGGAAUAUUCGGCCAUCCCGUGUAAAAUAGCCGCCUGUGUGCCGAAGGGAGUUGGCGAGGGCCAGUUCCACAGAGAAAGCUUUGUGUCGAAAUCAGAGAGCAAGGCCAUGUCAUCUGCCACCAUUAUGGCCAUAGCUGCUGCCGACCUAGCAAUAAAAGACUCUGGGUGGCAUCCACAAUCUGAACUGGACCAUUUGAAUGCUGGUGUGGCAAUAGGGAUGGGAAUGGUUCCGCUGGAAGACAUUUCUGACACGGCCUCGAUGUUCGCAACAAAGGGUUACAACAAAGUCAGCCCAUUCUUUGUUCCAAAGAUCUUGGUCAAUAUGGCGGCAGGUCAUAUUAGCAUCAGAUACCAGCUGAAAGGACCCAACCAUGCCGUAUCCACGGCCUGUACCACGGGAACACAUGCUGUCGGAGACGCCUUUCGAUUUGUAGCCUACGGUGAUGCUGAUGUGAUGCUGGCUGGGGGGGCGGAGGCUUGCAUUAGCCCUUUGUCUCUAGCCGGGUUUGCUAGAGCUCGGGCUCUGAGCACUAGCUUUAACUCAAGGCCCCAGCUGGCUUGCCGGCCAUUCCACCCGCUGAGGGAGGGAUUUGUCAUGGGAGAAGGUGCCGCCAUUUUGGUUUUGGAAGAAUAUGAGCAUGCUGCACGGAGAGGAGCUAAACUGUACGCAGAAAUUUUGGGCUACGGACUCUCAGGUGACGCUUGCCACAUAACAGCCCCUAAUCCAAAUGGGGAUGGUGCCCUCAGGUGCAUGUCAGCAGCAAUGAAAGUUGCUGGAAUUUGCCCUGAAGAUGUAACAUACAUAAAUGCUCAUGCCACCUCCACUCCACUAGGAGACGCUGCAGAGAAUCAGGCUAUUAAAGGACUCUUCAAAGAACACGCAUAUUCUCUUGCCGUUUCCUCAACAAAGGGAGCAACAGGCCAUCUUUUGGGUGCUGCAGGAGCUAUUGAGGCGGCUUUCACUGCUUUGAGUUGUUAUCAUGGAAUUUUACCACCUACUCUAAAUCUAGAUCAGACGGAGGCACCGUUUGACCUCAAUUAUGUUCCACUAGUACCCCAAGAAUGGAGAAGUGAAAAGCGGCGUAUUGCUCUCAGUAAUUCUUUUGGGUUUGGUGGAACUAAUGCAACACUGUGUUUUGCUAAUGUUUAGCUUUACUGUCCAUGUAUGCAUU